UCCCGCGGUGUCCCCCCAGGCCCGCCCACCCGGUGUCUCCCUCCCUUUCCCCGCUGGGGUCCUGCCCACCGCCCUGCAGGGAGCCGGACCGUUCUGAGGACUCCGGGAGGGGCAAAGAGGCCGCCCCGGGCUGGGGGGUCGGGGGAGGAGAAAGGGAAAGCAGAGGCAAGAGAAAUUAGGAGGCGGGAGAAACCCGGGGCAAAAAGGAAGAGGAGAGUCAGAGGAUGGUGGAGAGUACUUUUUGGAAGCCGUUACGCCGUGUCUCGGGCUGGCCGGGCUGAGCUGGGGCAGAGGGAGCGAGGGCGGCGCGGGGCGGGCGCUCGCGCGGCGGGAGGCAGCUCUGCGCGGGCCUGACCUUCCCAGAGCGCCCGCUGCGGUAUCGCAGGUCCGGCCCCGCCGUCGGGCUGCCAGUCCGGGAUAAGACACUGGGCCACCCCCGGGGGCGCUGAGCGCUCUCGCGGCAUCCAGGCCGGCGGGCGGGCAGUGCGCCCUAGGCGCGCGAGGCAGUGAGGCCCCGGGAGCCUUUCGCGCAGGGACGCGCGGGCAGACUUGGCGAUGCACGCCCUCACGGGCUUUUCUCUGGUCAGCCUGCUCAGCUUCGGCUACCUGUCCUGGGACUGGGCCAAGCCGAGCCUCGUGGCUGACGGGCCCGGGGAGGCGGGCGAGCAGACCUCGGCCGCUCCACCGCAGCCUCCCCAUAUCAUCUUCAUUCUCACCGACGACCAGGGUUAUCACGACGUGGGCUACCAUGGCUCAGAUAUUGAGACCCCUACGCUGGACCGGCUGGCAGCCGAGGGCGUCAAGUUGGAGAACUAUUACAUCCAGCCAAUCUGCACACCUUCUCGGAGUCAGCUUCUCACUGGCAGGUACCAGAUCCACACAGGACUCCAGCACUCCAUCAUCCGCCCACGGCAGCCCAACUGCCUCCCCCUGGACCAGGUGACACUGCCACAGAAGCUGCAGGAGGCAGGUUACUCUACUCACAUGGUGGGCAAAUGGCACCUGGGCUUUUACCGGAAGGAGUGCCUACCCACCCGUCGGGGCUUUGACACCUUCCUGGGCUCGCUCACUGGCAACGUAGACUACUACACCUAUGACAACUGCGAUGGUCCUGGGGUGUGUGGCUUCGACCUGCACGAGGGUGAGAGCGUGGCCUGGGGGCUCAGUGGCCAGUACUCCACCAUGCUCUACGCCCAGCGUGCCAGCCACAUCCUGGCCAGCCACAACCCCCGGCGGCCCCUCUUCCUCUAUGUGGCCUUCCAGGCAGUGCACACACCGCUGCAGUCCCCUCGAGAGUACCUGUACCGCUACCGCAGCAUGGGCAACGUGGCCCGGCGGAAGUACGCAGCCAUGGUGACCUGCAUGGACGAGGCUGUGCGCAACAUCACCUGGGCCCUCAAGCGCUAUGGUUUCUACAACAACAGUGUCAUCAUCUUCUCUAGCGAUAAUGGGGGCCAAACUUUCUCAGGAGGUAGCAACUGGCCACUCCGAGGACUCAAGGGUACUUACUGGGAAGGUGGUGUGCGAGGCUUGGGCUUUGUCCACAGCCCCCUGCUCAAGCGAAAGCGACGGACCAGCCGGGCACUGGUGCACAUCACUGAUUGGUACCCAACUCUGGUGGGUCUGGCCGGUGGUACUGCAUCGGCAGCUGAUGGGCUAGACGGCUAUGAUGUGUGGCCGGCCAUCAGCGAGGGCAGGGCUUCGCCACGCACAGAGAUCCUGCACAACAUUGACCCGCUCUACAACCAUGCCCGGCACGGCUCCCUGGAGGGUGGGUUCGGCAUCUGGAACACUGCUGUGCAGGCCGCCAUCCGCGUGGGCGAGUGGAAGCUGCUAACGGGAGACCCUGGCUAUGGUGAUUGGAUCCCUCCACAGACGCUGGCUGCCUUCCCAGAUAGCUGGUGGAACCUGGAGCGGAUGGCCAGUGUCCGCCAGGCUGUAUGGCUCUUCAACAUCAGUGCUGACCCUUAUGAACGUGAGGACCUAGCUGACCAGCGGCCUGAUGUGGUUCGCACCCUGCUGGCUCGCCUGGUGGACUAUAACCGCACAGCCAUCCCUGUGCGCUAUCCGGAUGAGAAUCCCCGGGCUCAUCCUGACUUCAAUGGGGGUGCUUGGGGGCCCUGGGCCAGCGAUGAGGAAGAAGAGGAAGAAGAAGAGGAGGAAGGCAGAUCUCGAAGCUUCUCCCGGGGUCGCCGCAAGAAAAAGUGCAAGAUUUGCAAGCUUCGAUCUUUUUUCCGUAAACUCAACACCAGACUGAUGUCCCACCGGAUCUGAUGGGUGGGGUGGCAGGAAUCUUCAUUACCCUAAGUAGACUUCCCCACUUCAACCUGGCCCUGCUCAUUCUCAGGGAGAAACCUGAGGUCAAGUCUCCAUCUGCAGGGUACAAGGGUGCAGAACUCCUUAGUUGAACAGGUUGGGAA